AUGACCGCGACUCUCGACCGGAGCCUCUCGCGCGCGUCGAGCAUGUCCAUCCCCAUCUCUAGUCCCCGGCUCUCUCUCCGCCAUGAAACUACCUCCCCAAGCCUUUCGUCCGAUCCAUCCAUCACCAACCCGUCUAUCUCUCACCUUCACGACCGCCUCACUAUCCUCGACUCUCACCUCCUAGAGCUUCGCUCGACCGUUCUCACCAAGGACGGCUAUGUCGACCGGAGAAACCGCGAAGACGAACACCUCAGACGAGAGUUUGAGGCCCAUCGUUCCAUCUCCAACCGGAUCGAUCUGAACGUCGUCGCCCUUCGCACCGAUGUCGACCAACUCAAGACCGGCGUCUUUCAGCUCAAGUCCAGUAUCUCCAACAACGAGACUGUUUUUCUUCGCAGUGAUAUCGAUCGUCUCUCCAAGAAUGUCGACCAGAUCCAGGCGGAUCUCGAGCAUUUGCAAACCGAUGUCUUCGGAUGUCGGAUGGAGAUCAGCAAGUUGCACACCACCAUCAGUCAGUUGAGGACUGAUCUCAUCACCCUCCAACACGAGACAUCGCGUCAUCUCAACUCGGUUUUCGAUCGGUUCACCCUGAUCGAGUCUCGGAUGAAGCAUUCCGAGCGUGUCCGUUUCAACUCACUCGCCCACACAACACACGCCCCAAUCACCCCGGUUCCCUACGUCGAGGAAGACGGUUCCCUGCAGUGGCCCGAAUACUUCCCUCGCACCGUUUGGUGGUUCUGGUGUUUGAAGAAGCGCAGUCGCAUCAAUCGGCUUGUACAGCUGGCUGAAUUCUACCGACUGGGUGGUUAUCAGUACUGGAGUCGCAUGCAUCAGACUGAUGCUUUCACUGACAGUGAUUCGAGUGAUUCCAGCGAAUCUCCCUCGAACCUGACGCGAGCAGAGGCCGUCCGCAUGUACCCGGAGGCUGCGCAUCAGGCCCUGGCUGCUACGCUGGGGUUGGUGUACUACAAAAUCCGUAACGAGGUGGGCGAAGGCCCUAAUAUGCCCAUCCAACGGCCGCCGAAAAGGCUGCCGGAGGAGGCUGCCUCCGUCUCCACGGGCUCAAAGCAAAAGCCCGUGAAGAUGGCCCGUCGGCCCAAUGCGUCGCCUACCCAUGUGUCCCCCAAGAAUGUCUCUCCCACCACGCUGCACAAGCUGAUCACUGGACCGUCCUUGGAGUCCAAGUCGAUGGUCUCCGAGGAAUCGGAUAAACUGGGAUGGAACGCGCACUCCGAAGCCUCCGACGAGGCUAUGAGCAAGUUGCGCGGGAUCGUCUCGGAAGAGAUUAGCACGCUGUUGCGAGCGUUGGAAAGGGGCCGUCUCAAGCUCAAGCCCAGUCGGGCUGAGCGCCUGAACAUGUCGCCGACAGAGUCGAAGGCGAGCCUGAGCCGCAAGGUCGGCGGUACCCUGGCGCAGGACGAUGAGGUCCCGACACAGCCAAACACUAUUCCCACAGAGAUCUUGUCUAUGUCGGAGAAGAUGACGACGCAUUUGGAGGACCAUGAUCUCCCUGAUACUGCCUCCGAGUCUACUGGUCCAUUGACUUGA